AUGCUAGAAACUGAUGCUAAUACGGGUGAGCAACGUCUUUUGUGGGCGUGCAGAAAUAUGAAGAAGCAGAAGUGCUUCUUUCCGAUGGGUUUGCCUCAUAAAAUUUUCUUCCUAAAGCGCUCAGCCAUUCAGAAAGAGGAUGGAAUAAUCCCUAAACCGGAGAUUCGACGUCUGCCUAAGAAAUAUUGGGGAUUAUAUCCCACAGUGUUUGCUGAUGAACUUCAGUCAAGAAGUCGUGCAAGUAGUGCACGUGCUGAGACGUCAUUGUCAAAUCACACCACUGACUAUUCCGCAUGUCCGACGAAUUCGCCGACUACUUCAGGCUCUUCCGUGUCGUCUGAUAAUGCUGCAGUUGACCAACUGCUAAAAAUGGGCCCUGAAACGUCUGUUUGGGGAGACUCCGUUGGCAGAUCGAAAACAGGAAGGAUAGUGUCAUCACAUUCAAGUGGAGCGUCGGGCAGCGGUGGAACUCAUAGAUCAGCGGAGACAGAUUCUGUUUCAAAUUUUUCUUCAAGCGACGCCAGUGAGGAAAACGCUGGAAGCUCUCUUGCCAAACUUAUAUGUGAUCAGCUUCAUUACACUGGUGUGGAUAUAAGCCGUCUAGAGGACGAGGAACUUGUGAGUAGAAUGGCUGGUGUGGUGAAGAAGUUGCAUAGGGAGAAGCUGCCACGAACCAGAUGUCCAGGAAAUUUCACACUUGCUGAGUAUCGUGCCUCUUUGGACUAUCUGUUCAACCUCGACGUUACUCCCAUCAAAAGAAAGCUCAGUGUAUUAUCUACAGACUUGACGCGCGCCGUGGCUGUGAUGCGGUCGAAGUGCGACAUAGAUACUAUGCUGGACGCUAUGGGUGGUUCUACCCCUUCAACAAUUCCACCACCAAAGCGUUCAAGGAUAGCCCAUUCGAAGCAGGAACUGCGGAAACGAGUUGAAGAUAUAUUGAAAAACUUGGCAGAGCGUGGAAAUGAAACUGAAGAGCCGGCAAGUACGUCAGCUGAAAGCUACGAAUGA